GAUGACAGUGACAUCUGACAAUCCCUAGUCAAAAAAAAUCGCCAAAAGUCGAACUCCGAAGUCGGAAAGAAAACAUUACUCAGAAAAAAAUUAAGUAUUUUGGAAUUCUAGUGAAAAUGCUUUAAAUUUAUUGUUCCUUUAGUUCACAAAAGUUAUCAUAAUUUAUACACAAUGGUUUUAUUAAAAAACAGCGCUAGAGUUUUAUUUCAAAAGCAUGGUUUAUACAGUUUUCAGGGUCAUUACGUAAAUAGAUUAAAUGAUGAAAUUAGAUGUCAAUGUCAAGGCACAGGGCAACAGAAAAGAAACUUAUUUAAUUUCCCUAAAAAAGAACGAGUUCGAGAAUACCGGGGAAGGCAGCUGGUAGGCCAUACAAUGGAUCAAAUGUUUGAGGUUGUCUCGGAUGUUGAUAAUUACCAUAAGUUUCUUCCAUGGUGCAAGAGGUCCAUAGUCAAAGAGAGGAAUUCACAAAAUCUAAAGGCAGAUUUAGUCAUUGGAUUCCCUCCGAUAAAUGAGUCAUACACUUCAAAUGUCACCCUGCUAAAACCUCACUUGGUGAAAGCAGAAUGUAAGGACGGCAAGCUCUUCCAUCACAUGCUGACCCUAUGGAGAUUUAGUCCUGGCCUCAAAAGAGAACUACAAUCUUGUGUUAUUGAUUUCCAAAUUAGUUUUGAAUUCCGCUCCGCCUUCCACUCACAUUUAUCAAAUUUAUUCUUUGACCAAGUUGCUCGACAGAUGGAGAGUGCUUUUAUACAAGAAGUUGGUAGACGGUAUGGACCUGCUUCCAUACAACCUGUAAAUCUACUGCUGAAUACCAAUACUUACAGAACUUGAUGACACUACCACAUAGACUAUAGCUCAAAUUACCAUAGUGUAAAUGUAUUUAUUGUGAUUACUUGUAUUAAAUUUGUGAUUGUGAUUAAAUUGUGACAUUUAUGAAUGUUUUUACCAUGAAGCUAUGCUUCACCUAUUGUUACUGGUUAAAAAAAUAAAUGUAUUAUUUAUUUAAAAA